GGCCUCAAACUCCGCUAGAGGGCGGCAACGUUUGGCAGCGCUGGCUGAAUGCGCACAGACACACUUGGCGUCUGCGGCAACGGGAGCAGACUUGUGCGACACAAGACAGGGAAAGAAAGUUCAUCUGACAAAAAUGGAUGCCUGAUAGGGUGACCAUAUCAAAGCUUGAUGAUGAGUUUUCGCUGACCCUGACAUUCAUUUUGACAAACCUGACAGUUCAUUUAUUCGGUGUGGGACAGUAGCAGGAUGGAUAGGCGUGGCUCAUCAAGCUCUCAGGCAUCACUGUCUAGCAGCCUCCCUCUUGCAGCUGAGGGGACUGCCACACUUGAUUCACCUCGCAUGACAGGUGCUGGUGUCAGUGGUCGUCUGAGCAGCACUUCUGGUAGUGCUGGCAUUCAGGGUGUCAUUCAAGGACUGCAAAAUGAACAAGAAAGAGUGCAAAAGAAGACAUUCACAAACUGGAUGAACACAUAUCUCUGCACGAGAAAGCCUCCUAUGAAAGUGGAAAACCUGUUUGAAGAGAUCAAAGAUGGGACUGUCCUGCUUUCUUUGCUGGAAGUUCUUUCUGGAGAAAAACUUCCCAUGGAGACCGGUGCCAAACUGCGCCGUCCCCAUCACAUUGCAAACAUCACAACUGCUCUCAAUUACCUGGAAAAGAAAAAUAUCAAACUGGUCAACAUCAAUGCCACCAGCAUUGCUGAUGGGAAACCAGCCAUUGUCUUGGGUUUGGUGUGGACCAUUAUCUUGUAUUUCCAGAUUGAGGAAACAAUAUCACACGUACCAAGUGCACCAGAUUCAAAUGAAGGUGCAAAGAAGAAACAGGCGUUGCCUAAACAGGGCCUCUUGGCAUGGGCAGAAAGUGUUUUGGCAAAAAAAUAUGGUCUACAUAUUAAGGACUUUGGUAAAAGCUGGAAGGAUGGAGUGGCUUUUAAUGCCAUGAUUCACAACAUUCGUCCUGACCUGGUAGACAUGGAUGCUGUCAAGAGACAGCAGGCUCGAGUUAACCUGGAGCAUGCAUUUUCCACUGCAGAAAACCAGUUAGGCAUUCCUAGACUUCUUGACCCAGAGGAUGUGGAUGUUGAAAAGCCAGAUGAAAAGUCCAUCAUGACCUAUGUGGCACAGUUCCUAAAAGCUUAUCCUGCAGGAGACUCAAAGCUGCGUGAUGACCUGAGUACCCCAGAGAAGGAGACACAAGCCUAUAACAGCAUCAUGACUUGGCUUAACAACGAUGCUGCAGAGAUUUUGUCUUCCAGCCAGGAUCCUAUAACAGACAGGCAGACAGAGCUCAUGGACUAUAUUGGAUUCAAGACAGAAUUUGAAAGGAGAGAACCAGUUUAUAAGAAAAUAGGGGAGAAGAUUCUCUCAGGCCAAGCUCUAAAGCUGACAAAAAAUGACUGGGAUAAACUUGACACACGGUGGCGAGAAGUGGAUAGCCAGACACGGAAAUGGUUGUUGAAACUUGAUGCAAGUCUUCCUGGUCGUCUUGGCAAGUUUGGGGAAUGGCUUUACCAUGCUGAAUUACUGCUACUUCAGGAGGCAGACCUUCUGGUGGAUCCUGACAAAAAUCACCAAGCCAUAAUUCAAAUACUGCAAAAGCAUAAGGAUUUCUUUAAGGAUCUAGAAGGCAAUCAGCAGUUCUUCCAACAGACAAAAAGAGCUGGUCAUUAUGAGGGGGAGACACUGCAUGGUCCACACAUGGAUCUUAUGAGUAAGAGGUUGGAAGCAGUUACAAAAGGUUCUGAUCACAACCAGGCACACAUGGAGUAUCUGCUUUGUCAUGCUGAUGUACUGGGCUACAUUGCUGCUGCAGUAGACAAGGUGGCCUUCUGGACUGCUAAGUGUGGGCUGGAAAGUGAGGUGGAAACCAGAUUGGUUGACUAUAUGGAUCUUGUUGAAAAGCAACAGCUCCUUCAAGCCUUUGAAAAUACACAAGCAGAGCUCAAAAAAGUUUCAGAGGCCUACAAAAAAGAAGCAGAGAAAUCAGAAGCAGCUAGAGUGGAUGCUUUUCAAGCUGAUAUUGCACAGCAGUGGAAGAAACUGGCUAUGGAAAUCCGAAGCAUUGGACCUAUGCUGGAAAAAGUGGUAGAGGCCUGGAAGCACUACAGUAGCUAUACUGAGAUCAUUACUUCAUGGCUCAGUGAAGGAGAAAAGCUCAUGAAAAUGGGUUCAGCUGAUCAGAUACAAGAUUAUUUCAAGGACCUCAACCAGCAUGAAGAACAUUUAAAGCUCUUAAAAGAGUCAGGAAAUUUUCUUAUAGAUGUAGUGACUGAUCCCAUAGCAGCAGAAAUCAAAAAGAUGAUUUCAGUCCUGGUCCAGCAAUACAGUGACUUGGUGAGACGCUAUGAGAACUAUAAGCAGACUGAAGUAAUAGGCCGGGCACGAAGUGAAUAUGAGGACGGCGUGAAGCGGCUGCAUACCUGGCUGUCUGGUGCUCAGACUGGACUUGACCAGACGGUCUCAUGCAAUCACGAAGCAUUGAAGGAACACCUGCUACUUCUAGAAGAAUACAACAACCAGAUUGCCCAGAUAGAAAGUGACUUCAAGACCACUACAAAGACUGCUCAGUCCCUGGUGAAAGAUAGCUCUCAGGAUAUAGUGAACGAGAUGCUACAGACACUUAACAUCCAGAAAGAGAUGCUUGUCAAACUUCGCAAAGAGAUACCAGAGUGCAUCAAGUGUUUGAAGGCUGUUCUACCCAAUGUCGAGUCCCUUGAGACAGGAGUUGUUGACUUGGAACAGUGGCUGACUGAUGGGGAGCAAAUGUUAGCCUCUCAUACUCUAGACCCCACUGCUGAUGCUGCUGAAGCCAGAUUGGAAAGACACAAGGCAUUCUUUUCAGAGACAACUUACCAGAAAUCAAUCUUAGAGAGCAAGAAUAAAGUUUUUCAGAAGAUUGUUGGGAUCAAACCAAAAUUGAAAAAUGUGGAUUUUACUCCAGCAGAUACUCUCAUGAACACUACAAACGGAAGAUUUCAGGACUGUAUCACUUUGGCCAAGGAGUGGGAAAAGAAGCUUGAAUCCAUUCUGCGUUUGUGGCGUUCAUUUCUUCAGCGGCAACAGCAUCUUGGAGAGUGGCUGGACACAGCACAAACUGUCAUUGAUGACAGGGAAGAUGACACUGAAAGCCUCAUUCGCAAACAUAAGGUAUUCUUUGACCGUGCAGAUCAGAAACAGCUGCAGGAAUAUUUGGCAAAUGGACAAGAGAUUUUAAAGCAGCUGGCACCUGCAAAUCAAAAACUUCUGAAAGGUUCUAUGGAUACACAGGAGAAGCGAUGGAAGGCGGUGAUGAGUCAUGCCCCCAUCAGGCUCCUGAAAUUAGAGUUUGUGCUGCCAGAAGAGAAGUUUGAUUUACAGAUGAACAAGGCAGAAAUGGCACUCCAGCAGCAUCGGGAACAGCUAAACACCAACACCAAUGUCAAAGAUGCACUGCAGAAACAUAGACAAUUUUUCCAACAAGGCCCUUUCAAGACGACUUGUGAAAAAUGCCUUGAACAGAUGAAAGACUAUGCUAACCAGUUGUUAAAUUUAGACAAGACAGACAGGUUUCUCCAAAAACGCUAUGAAGAGCACCUUGACAGAUGGAACCGCCUUACUGCUUUUUCAGACAAGCUCCACUUGCAACUGAAACAACUACCAGAAAGAUGGAAAGAAUAUAAUCAGAAGGUCCAUGGAAUAUCAGACUGGAUGAACAGCGUGGAGAAGCUAAUGAAAGAGAUGGAAAGGGAAGAUAUGUCUUCUGAAGAGUAUAAAGACAUGCUUGCUCGCUUUCAGAAGGAGAUGCGAAAUCUUGAAAAGUACCUGGAAGAUGGAAAACAUUUAGAAGGAAGCCUUGAAGAACUUUUGCAGGAUGCUCCAGACUCAGAUGGCUCAGCAGAGCGCCAACGCCUACGGGAGCUUAUGUCUCGAUUUGAAAAGCUACGUCCUGGUAUGGAUUCCACGUUGAGCAAAUCUUCUGUUUUCACCAAAGGAUUUGAAUUCCGUGACAGUAUUGAUAAACGUGCUAGCUGGCUUGAUGAUGCGCAGCGUUUGUCCAUGGAAAAUCCUCCUAUUGAUAGCCUUGAGGAUGCUAGGGCAUACCUACAGGAACAUGAGGGCCUCAUAACAAGAUUGGAAUCAGAAAAAGCCAACAUUCAAGCAGAUAUAGAGACUGGAAAAAGGCUACAAAAAGAUCGCAGCGCACCAGCAUUUAUUUCUCAGACUGUUGCUGAUCUAGACCGCAAGUGGCGUGACACCAAUCAGCUUGCACAGGCAAAGCAUACAAAGCUCAAGCAAAAAGUGAAAGACUGGGAGCAGUAUGAAGCAGAGAAGUCCUCUCUCCUGCAAUACCUCAAAAAGGCUGAAACAGAGCUGGAGAAGCCCUCAGAAACUCUGGCACAGGAUUCUGCUCAGAAGGACUUCCAGUCAAAAAAGGAUCUUCAGAGCACCUUAAACAAAUUGAAAGGCAGCCUGAAUGAGAUGACCAAGCUGAAUGCCUUAUUGUGCGAAGGGGCCAGUCGGGAGCGACAGGGUCCUCUCAAGGGUGAAAUGAGUGAUAUAGACAGGAGGCUUGAGAGCGUUGCCCAUCGUCUUAAUGCCAAGCUAGCAGAUCUAGAGAUGACCAUAGCCAAAUGGAAUGAGUACUACAAACGCCUUAAUAACUUUUGUGACUGGCUGAAUGAGAAAGAGGCCAAACUGACUGAGGUUUAUGAGAACAAGAAGGAAACACCAGAAAAUCAGCUGAAAAAGGCAGAGGCCAUCUCUAGUCAAGUAUAUGAGAACCAUGUUACUCUGGAGAACUUGGAAAAAGAUGCCAAAGGUUUGACUCAAAAUUUUCGCUCCCGUGAGACAGCAGCUCUAAAGUCUAAGUUGACCAGCAUUCGUAGACAGUGGGAAAGCUUGUGUGCCCGUGCCAAGGACCGCAGUACAGCUUUGUCAGGCAAUGUGGCUCACUGGCAGCGCUACCAAUCCCUGCAGGAGCAACUAUUGCCAUGGAUUCUCAAAGCUGAAAAAUACUGUGAUACAGAACUUCCCAAGUGCUCUUCCCUAGAAGAAGCAAAAGACUUGUACGAUCUGCAUCAGGCUUUUUUGCAUGAAUGUGAGGAGAACCUGCCAAUAUUUGACAAGAUGAGUACAGAGGCUGGCUACCUGCUAGAGCAGCCUAAUCUGGCUAGAGAACUUGAAAGCAUCCAGCGACGUUGGGGAGGCAUCAUUUCUUCUUCAGAGGAUCGCUCCCACAAAGUUGACAAAAUGUUUGGUGCUUGGAGUACCUAUACUAACGAGUUGGAGAACUUUCAAGAAACCUUGGACAAACUACAGAACCGCUUGGCUGCUGACCCCAAUGUUGGUACAACAGAUGUGCAGGUUCUGGAGCAUGAACUGGCACUGGCCAAGGCUCUUCAGGAAGAAGUGCGCAGCCAACAGCCUCAGCUGAAUGCUUUGCAACGUCAGUUUGAACAGCUGUUGCCACAUGCCAACCCUGAAGGCCUGCAAGUUCUCAAGUCAAAGCAGGAUUUUGUGCGAAAGAGUUUUGAAGAUGCUAAUGCAGCAGUUGUUGAGAGACAAAAGACUCUUGCAUCAGCACUGCAACAUCGACGCGAUUUCUAUGGGAGGCUAGGCGAGAUGGAAAAGUGGGUGAACAGGAUGCAGCGCAAACUUGAUUCAAGCAGUGAACUUUACUCAGAUGAAGUGGGUGACAGUCUGGCAAAACUAAAGGCUAUGAAAAAAGAAUGCGGAGAGAAGGAUCCCUCCUUCCAGGCUUUGCAGCAGGAGUUCAAGGACCUCAUUCAGAACUGUAGUGAGGAAGAGCGAAGAGUGCUGAUGGACAGAUUUGAUAAGGUGGUAGAAAGUUACACAAAAAUGGAGGACCUCAUUGGUGCCCGUGAAGAGUUGUGUCAACAAUGGAGCAAAUACAGUGAUGUCCACAAAACUGCACAGACGAAACUGAAAUCUUUACAAGCUCGCCUUGGUGCACCUGAUGUGCGAGAAGAAGAGGUUGUGAAUAUAAAUCAAGAGAUCCAAGACCUAAGAAGAGACAUGAUUCCUUGGAGCCAGAAUGCUGAAACACUUGAUGAGAAGAUGAGUUUAGCCAAACUGUUGAUCAAAGAUCGAGCCACACAGAGGACUCUUCAUUUUGGCUCAGAAUUCCAGGCCCUAGAGAGUAUGUGUGACACAGUUGGACUAACAGCACAGCAGAAAAAGGAACAUCUUGGAGAGUUGCUUCAGUUAAACGCUGACUUUAAUAGCCGCAAGGAUGCCUUGUUUAGAAACCUUCAGCAAGUCGACAUGAAAAUUGCAUCAAGCAAGCCCAAUCAGUCUUCACUGCAGGGUAUUCGUGAUCUUGUUAGAGACAUAGAGGACGUCAGGGAUGAUAUGUUUUCUCUGAACCCUGAAUAUGAGCAGCUACGUGAGCUUGGCCGACAAAUCAUGGUCUCUGACCCCAGCAAGUUGUCUCAGAUCCAGAGUCAUUUAGCACAAGUCAGUGAAACCUGGGAGAAAGUGCAGGCAAAGCUGGGAGAACAGCUUCACAACUACAAUAAUGUGGCUAACCUCUGGCAGAGCUACAAUGAUGCCAAGCAAGGGGUGGGACAUGUGCUUGAGACUGUUUCCCCUCUUGUGGAACAAGAUAUAGCAUUCAGUAACCAGGCUGAUGUUAAGCGAUCCCUGGACCAGCACAAGAAUGCUGAAUUUGAGCUGCAUGCCAGCCAAACACAGCUUGAUCAUGCGAACAACAAAGGGCUGCAACUACUGGAGGAACUACGCAAAAUCCCCAACUUUAAUGUGCACCUUAUGGAACAGGACUUGGAUGGCAUCAAUCUCAAAUGGGAAACAUCCAGUAAGGUACUGGAAGAUCACAAAGAAAACCUUGAAGCACAGCUUGUUUGUUGGGAUCAAGUGGCAUCCAGUAAAGAGGAGGUUGGAGCAUGGGUAUCUAGUAUGUUGAGCAAGUUAGAUGAGAGCGUACAGCAUUUUGAGGAUGCUGUCAGCGUGGAGUCAAGGCUGGCAAAGUUCAGGGAUGAAGCACCGUACUAUGCAGAGGUUAUGGCAGAGGUGGCCCAAAAGAUAAAUGACUUGCGAGAACUCAACCGUGGCCAGAACAUUCCUGUUCUUGAAGCUGCACAGCAGGAAAUUAGAAAACAAUUUCAACAGGCAGAAACUCUGGCCAACCAGCUGUCAGCUACAAUGUCAGAUUUUUCAACUGAGCAACAGGACCUUCAAAAAGCCAUGCAGGAGGAAAAUGAGUGGUUGAACCAGCUGAAGGAGGUGUUGUCAGUCUGUGAUGAUACUUCUGGGGAAGACCCUGCAAUUAUCAAGCGACUCAAAAAUUGCAGAGAACUCCAAACAGAGUUGGAAACACAUAAGAAGAAGAUUACAGCCAUACAGGAGAAAACUGCAGUACUACAUAGCAAAUACCCAUCUGUUGAGAUGUCCAGUUUGGCCAAAGAUGCCAACGUUCUUGCCAAGAAAUUUGAGGCACUUGUUGGACGUACUGAACGAAUUGAUGAGACACUGACGGGAACACUUGAGCAGCACUGCCAGGAUGCACAGCAACAGCUGGUACGCUGGCUAGAUGCUGCACAGGAAAAGGUUGUGUGGUGCGGGGACAUUGGAGGUGACAGAUACAGUGUUGAAGCUAAACUCUCCACUAUCAAGGAUUUAAACAGCAGUGUUGAUGAAGGUGAGCAGAGGCGCGCGCAGGCAGUAGCUCGACUGGAAGCCCUGAGGAGUGUUCUGCCACGCAGCAAGUUGAUGGAACUGGAGCAGCAGAGCAAACACCUGGACAAAGAAUGGCUUCAGCUGAUUGGUCAGAUGGAGAAGACACAAUCAAAGCUUGAGAAAUCUGUUGACCAGUGGCAAGUGUACGAUGGACAGUAUGAAGAGCUUUCCCAUUGGUUGAGAGACACUGACUCAAGCUUGCGCAGUGAAGCAGCGCUUCAGCCAGAUCUUCAGAGCAAAAGAAAACAGCUGGAUUUAUUUAAGAGAUUUGAAGACUCUAUCCAGAAACAUCGCAAAGAAUUUGAUGAUGUACGUGAUAUGGCUCAUAAGAUCUCUCAUGCCAGUGGAGACACUCGCACUGCCUCAUAUGCAAACACACUGGUCACUCGUUUCCAGGCACUUGCCUCUUUUGUCAGAGAGCAAGUUGAGCAGUCAGAGAAGAAUAUUGAAGAUCAUGAAAACUUUGUACACCGACACAGAGCUUGUGUAGACUGGCUGGAAAAAUCUCAGAGGCAGUUAGACACGUGUUCUACAGUGGUUGGGGAUGAAGAAUCUCUGAAUGUCAAGCUAGCCAUUGUGAAGGACCUCCUAGCAGAUAAAGAGCAAGGUCUGGCCCUGUUCAACGCUGCAAUAGAGGUUGGGGAGAAACUUUACCCUAACACAUCCAACGAAGGUCGGGAGGAAGUACGCCGUGAGUUGCGCAAUCUUCGUGACAGCUGGGAAGGUUUCACUGACUCAUUGAAUGAAACACAGAGGUCACUGGAGAGCAGCCGAAUGCAGUGGUCAUCUUUUGACGACAGCUUUGAACAACUGAUGAAUUGGGUGCAUGACAUGGAAUCUCAGGUCAUUGCUGAACCAGAUGCAAAAUCAACCCUUCAAGAGAAGAAGGCUGUGCUACAAAACCUUAAGACCCGCUGUCAAGACAUCCUUUCCCACCAGACAAUGAUGGACAGCAUUAGUGAUAAAGGUACUGCACUGUCCUCAAGUCAGGUUCAGGACAGGUUAAAGAAACUGAACACCAGAUACAACACUCUCUGUAGCAAGGCUCAGGCUCAGGUGCGGCAGGCAGAGACUUAUGUUCAGCAGCAUCAGACUUAUCAAGACAGCAUUCAGGCUUGCAGGGACUGGAUGUCUGCUUCACGAGACCGCUUGGCUGUCUGCACAGAGACUGGUGGCGACAGGCAGUCACUUCAGAACAGAUUAGACAGACUUCAGGAGUUAAUGAACACUUUGCGAGAUGGGGAAGUCAAACUGAAGACUGCAGAGGCAAAUGGAGACAAGGCAUUGUCCAACACCUCUCCUCAAGGCCAGGCCACAGUCAGACGGGAUUUAGACACACUUAAACAGGAGUGGGAUGUACUGUGCAGCAAAAUGAAGGACACUCAACAGAAUUUAAUGCAUGCCAUCAGAGCACUGGAGACCUACGAUGUUUCCUGUGAGUCUCUUAACCGUUGGCUGAGAGAAACUGAGUCCCAGCUGAAGGAUUAUGAUUUGAAACCAUCACUUGAAGAAAAACGAGCCCAGCUUGAGAAAUUUAAGAGCCUCCAGCAAAAAAUAGCAAGUAUGCAAGGCCAGUUUGAAGACUUGCAGAACAUGGCUGCUCAAGUACAAGGAUCUGACACCCGCCUCUCUAGUUAUGGCAGUCAGCUACUGUCCAAGUAUGAUGCUAUCAAGACCUUGGCUAGGGAAGUAACCAACCAAUGGGAGGAGUUUGUAGAAGACCAUUUAGUCUACCAAAACAGCUAUAGUCAUUGCCUUGAGUGGGUGGCAACCCUGCGCAAGAGACUUCAGGUGUGCGCAGACCUUGCAGGUGACAAACAAGAUGUGGAGGACCGAUUGAUCAAGCUCCAGGAGCUGGCAGCGGAACGAGAUGAAGGUGCUAGAUUGAUUCCCCAGACUGUAGAAAAUGGAGAAAGACUGUAUCCCAAUACAUCUUCUGAGGGCAGAGAUAUCAUCCGACAAGAACUGAGGUCUCUACGCGAGCAGUGGGAUCUAAUGUGUGAUGAGGUGUCAGAGACCCAGCGCAAGCUGGACAUGAAUCUCAACCAGUGGGCUUCAUAUGAUGAGAGCUUUGAUGCCAUCCACAAGUGGCUGAUAGAUGCAGAAGUCAAACUAAAGCAGGAGGCAGAACUCAAAGCAACGCUGCCAGAAAAGAAGGCACAACUACAGAACCAUAAGGUACUGCAUCAAGACAUUCUGUCUCGCAAACACAUUGUGGAGAAUCUUGAAGAAAAAGCCCAGGCACUGACACGUUCCACUCCAUCAGCAAAAGUGAACAAGUUUGUGGGUGAACUUCGCCAGAAGUAUGACAAGAUCUGUGAGCUGUCUGGAUCAGUACUCACUAAGUUUGAGUUUGCCAUGAAGGAACAUCAGCAAUACCAGGAUGCUUACCAUGACCUCCAGGACUGGCUUAAUGCCUCUAGAGAAAAACUAGACAUGUGUGCUGAUCGCUCUGGAGAUAAGCUCUCUUUACAAACCAAGCGAGAACGCAUUCAGGAAUUCAGCAACAGUCUUGCAGAGGGAGAUCGCAAAUUGAAGUUGGUGUGUGAUCUGGCGACACAGACUGGCAAAAACACCUCACCGCAAGGACAGGAUGUUCUUCACCGAGAAGUGGAACAUAUUCGCAGGGAGUGGGAGGACUAUCGAAACCAGAUGACUAGUGCUGAACAAGCCCUUGACCAGACUAUGACCCAGUGGGGAAACUUUGAAAACAAGUUUGAAGAGUGUGCUGAGUGGCUCAAGCAGAUGGAGAACCAGGUCAAGGGCCAUGAACUCAAAAACACACUGAAAGAAAAGCAAUCUCAGGUGGAGAAAUUCAAGAAACAGAGAGAGGAGAUCCUGGCUCAUCAAUCAGUGAUUGAUCACUUCAUGGAUGAUGCUCAGAAUCUGAUGCACACCACUUCAGAUGUGCGUCUCAGUACACAAGUGACACAGCUUACAAACCGCUACCAGGGACUUCUGUCCCUCAUCAAGGACUUGAUUGGUAGGUGGGAAAAAUAUGUCGCUGAUCACCAAGUGUAUGAGAAUCGUAUGGUCGAGUAUAAUGACUGGAUGACCCAGGCCUGUCAGAAGCUGGAGCAAUGUUCACAACCAGUUGGAGAUCAGGAAUCAAUGGAAGAAAAGAGGGCCAUGAUACAGAUACUGUUCUCAGAGAAGGAACAUGGCCUACAAAGACUGAAUGGUUCCUUAGAAGCUGGUGAGAAGCUGUAUCCUGACACUGCAUCAGCUGGGCGAGAAAAGGUUCGGCAGGACUUGCGCAGAGCCAAAGAAGACUGGGAGAAUUUGUUUAGUGGUCUCAAUGAAGCUCAGAGGCGGGUGGAUGCUUUUCUCAUGCAGUGGACCUCAUAUGUAGAUGGACAAGACUCUCUGACACGCUGGAUGAGCGAGACAGAGGCAGCUCUGAGAGCAGACACAGAUCUGCGUAAUACUUUGCAAGAGAAACGUCAGCAGCUCCAAAACUAUCGGACAGUAUUGCAGGACAUUCUUUCUCAUCAGCGGUUAGUAGACUCUGUAGUAGAGAAAGCACAAGGUGUUCUCCACAGUACAUCUAACUCAGAUGUUGCCUCCUUUAUCACUGUCACCAGUUCACGCUACGAGAAGUUGGCCUCUGAUGCAAAGGGACUGAUUGCUCGAUCAGAGCAGCAUGUGGCAAUCCACCAGCAAUAUCAGGAAAGUUUGCAGGCUGCUGUUGACUGGCUGUCACAGAUGAAAGACAAGCUCAGCAUCUGCACCGACACCUCAGGAGACAGAGCAACCCUUCAGAACAAACUAGACCGGCUUCAUGAACUUGCAGCAGUGCUUCCAGAAGGUCAGGCUAAAGUAAAGGACUGUGAGAAAUUUGCUCAGGACACAAUGGACACAACAACCUUGAAGGGACGGCUGUCAGUGCAGUCAGAGAUGGAUGUUCUUAGAUUAGACUGGGAGGACUAUACUGUUAAACUCCACUCUUUGCGAGACAGCCUGGAAAUGGCUUUGAGCUACUGGCAUCUGUAUGAAGACAAGUAUGAACAAAUCCAGAACUGGAUAAAAGACAUGGAGAAACAAGUCAAAGAUUGCCCUUUGCGCUCAACUAAGGAAGAAAAACAAGAACAGCUUCAAAAGUACCAGGAACAUUUGGCAGUGAUCUCAGAACAAGAAGUGCAAGCUAGAGGACUAGAGAUGCUAGAGUUUGACCUGAUGCAGGAGAUCAAAGGACAUCAGCAGGAGAUGGACAGGUUCACAGACGAGGCUCAGACCCUGCAGCAGCUAACGUCUGAGUCUCGUGUGGGGAACUUUGUCUCUCAGCUGACUAACCGCUAUCAAGGUCUUCUGAUGACAACCAAGGAGAUCAUCAAACGAUGUGAGCAGAAUGUGUCUGAUCACCAGGCAUUUGUCAACAAGUAUGUAGAUGCUUCACAGUGGCUGCUGAAGGCCAAGGAGAAAUUUGCUGUGUGUUCUGACACAUCAGGUUCCAGGGCAGAGCUGGAAGAAAGGCUUGAUAAAGUUCAGGAACUAGUACGAGAGCGUGAUGCAGGCCUCAGCAAACUGAACCAGUGUGUGGAGGCUGGCGAACGCCUGUACUCAAGUACAGCACCUGAUGGUCGGGAAGUUAUAAGACAAGAACUUCGAAAGUUGAAGAUGGAGUGGGACAGCUUAUAUGAUGACCUAUCCACUGUCCAGCGCAGGCUAGAAGUGUCAUUGGUCCAGUGGACAUCGUUUGACGAGAGCUAUAAUCAGGUAGAGAGCUGGCUGCGAGAGAUGGAGACACAGCUAGAGGGACAGACAGCACUUCGAUCCACACUGGAAGAGAAGAAAACACAGUUACAGAAUUAUAAGGUGAUGUUGCAAGAUGUACAGUCCUACCAGCGUGUCAUCGAGAGCAUUGGUGAUAAAGCUCACAACCUGACACAAACCAGUUCUGAUGCUGAACUGGCAAGAUUUAUUUCCCAGACAGCCACAAGAUACAAAAAGCUUUGUUCCAUUGCUCAGGAUAGAGUACAGCAGUGUGAGAAAUUUGUCUCAGAGCACCAAGAAUACAGUGACAGCUACAACACUUGUGUAGAAUGGCUGAACAGUGUUCGUGAAAAAUUGUCUUCUUGUUCAGAUGUCUCAGGAGAUCGUCAUGCUAUACAGAGCAGAUUGGACAAGAUUCAGGGAGUCUCUUCCCCUGAACAGGAAGGUUACAGUGACAUACUUGCUACUAAAAUGGAGGGAGAGCCAAAAGUGAAAAAUGUCAUCACUCUGGCUCAGAAGAUCUUACCUAAUACAGCUCCGCAAGGGAGAGAGGUUAUCAUGCGUGAUGCUGAUGCUCUGCGAGUUGACUGGGAGGCAUUUAUCAUGGCACUGGCAAAGACCAAAAGUGACCUUGAAUCAUGCAUGGAUCAGUGGCGAGAGUUUGAAACAUGGCAGGAGCGUUGUGGAGGCUGGCUGAAAGAAGUUGAAACAAGACUACGGGAAGUGGAUCUGAAAUCUUCGUUGUCUGAGAAACAGACACAGUUUGACAGAUUGAAGUCUCUUCAGAAUGAAAUCAAUCAGCAUCAGAGUGAUCUGGACUCCCUCAGUGACUCAGCCCAAGACCUGAUGCAGGUCAGCACUGACAACCGUGUGGUCAGUCAGGCAUCACAGCUGGCCACUCGUUACCAGACAGCAAGCCUGAACAGCAAGGAGCUAUGCAGACGAUGGGAGCAGUAUGUUCAAGACCAUCAGACCUACAUAGAGACUUUUGAGCAGUGCCGAACUUGGCUGAAUGAGAUGGAAGCCAAAGUAUCUGACGUCCUUGAUACAAGUGGGGACAAGAGUACCAUACAGGAGAGACUAAACAAAGUUCAGGUGCUUCUUGCUGAGAAAGAAGAGGGCAUGCACAUUUUGCAGAUUGCUCUUGACAACCUGCAGAUGGUUUUGCCAAACACAUCAGUGGCUGGAAGAGAUGCCAUGAGACGUGACAUGCAGGCAAUGCAGCAGGACUAUGAUGCAUUGUCAGGACGACUAGUAGAUGCACGUUCUUCUUUGGAGGGAACACUGGCUCAGUGGACAGUGUAUGAUGACAGCCUGGGGCAGUUAGUUCGGUGGAUGCAAGAGCUAGAGAACCAAGUCUCUAAUGAAAGCCAGCUGCAGAACACCAUGCAGGAGAAGAAGCUCCAACUGGAACGUGUUAAGGUACUGCAACUUAACAUCCACUCCCAGCAAAGCACCAUUGAUAAUUUAAAUGAUAAAGCUCAGAAUCUUAAACGCACAAGCCAUGAUGAAAACCUUGGCAACCAAAUCAGAACAGUAGUGUCCAGAUAUGAAAACCUUGGUGUGAGAGCAAAGGAACUGCUUCAGAGGUGUGAAAAAAACCUGCGAGAUCAUCAGAUGUACCGUGAUAGUUACAUGGCUGCUUCUGACUGGCUGAGUGCUACUAUUGACAAGCUCAACCUGUGCAGUGAUAUUCGUGGAGAUAGAAGUGCUAUUGAAGCCCAACUGCAUAAAGUUCAGGAGAUUGCUAGCUAUGUCAGUGCUGGCAAACAAAAACUAGGAGAUGCCCAGUCUAAAGGCAGUGCUAUACUGGAUCAAACUUCAGCCCAGGGCCAGGGACUCAUCAAGGAAGAACUUAACAUGCUGGCUGCAGAUUUUGAAAGCUUUGAGUCAGACCUUGAGACUCUUGCCACCGCUCUAUCCACACUCCGAGAUCAGUGGCAUGAGUAUGAGGCAUUCUAUGAACAGCUCAGUCAGUGGAUGAAAGACACAGAGUCAGAGAUGAAAUCUGACUCUGAGCUGAAGGCUACAUUGGAACAGAAGACCAUUCAGCUGGAAAAACAAAAGAGCCUGCACGAAGAACUAAUGCGGCAGCAAGAGUCUUUUAACAGCCUUGCUGAACGUGCCCAGACUCUGAUGCAGUCAUCAACUGAUGCCCAUGUGUCCACACAACUGACCCAGAUGGGAUCUCGGUACCAUUCUCUGAUUACUACCUCCAAGGAUUUACUAAAGCGAUAUGAGCAGAAUGUGCAAGACCAUCAGCAGUACAGUGAAGUCUUCUCGGAGGCCCGUAGCUGGCUUCAGGACACGUAUGACAGGCUUUCUGUAUGCGCAGACACUUCUGGAGAUCGCUAUACAGUUCAGACGCAGUUGGAAAAGCUACAGGAAUUUGUGGUGAUGAAGGAGGAGGGCCAGGUCCUGAUACACACAGCAAAUACAUGGGGAGAGAAGACCAUGACAAAUACAUCUUCAGAAGGUCGUGAAGUCAUUCGUGAAGAGUUGCAGAUGUUGCAGACAGACUGGGAACAAAUGUUGUCUCAGGUGACAGACACAAAAGUGAUGCUGGAGUCAUGUCUUCUGCAGUGGACAGAUUUCAGUGCUAGUCACGACCAGAUCAUCCGCUGGCUAAAAGAUAUGGAGAAGCGCCUCCGUGAAACCCACCUGAAGGCAGAUCUUAGUGAGAAAAAGGCAGAGCUUCAGCGAUGCAAGACACUAUAUCAAGAUAUAGUGUCAUAUGAACAGAUGGUGGAGUCUAUGUCUGUGAAAGCAUUAGAGCUUGCAGAAAAAAGUCCAGCCAGUCGAGCUACAACAGACACUUCACAGGUGGCUUCCAGAUAUAUGGCUGUCAAAGAGCAAGCCAAGGAUAUGCUUGCCAAGAAUGAACUGUAUGUGGCACAGCACCAGACAUUCCAUGAUUGCUGUAACAGCUUUGUCAACUGGCUGCGCACUGCUUUUGAAAAACUGGCAACAUGUUCUGACACUUUUGGUGAAAAGUCUGCAAUUGAAGCCAAACUGGAGAGGGCAAAGGCUUUGCUAUCUAGUCUGGGUGAAGGGACGCAGCGGCUGGCCCAAGCCACAAAGGCAGGAGAGACAACUCUUUCAAGUACCUCAGCUUCUGGUCAGACUAAAAUCCGGCAGGAAUUGCAAGUCAUGACCAGAGACUUUGAAGAGUUUCGCUCUCACCUUGUUAAAGCUCAGUCAGACCUAGAGGUGUGCCUGUCCCAGUGGGAUGAAUAUGAGGAGAGCCAUCAGCAGUUCAGUAGCUGGCUGCGUGAAGCAGAAGUUCGCCUGAGGACUGAAACGGAAUAUAAAGCCACAGUUGAAGAGAAGAAGCAGCACUGGGAUGAAUAUCAGGGGCAGCUGGAAGAGGUUAUAUCACACCAGUCAUCAUUAGACCAAGUUAGUCAGAAGGCACAGGCCUUGCUUCAAACAAAUGCUGAUGCCAAAACAUCCCAUGCCAUUACACAGCUGAACACUCGCUACCAGGCAAUCAUUGCUUUAGCUAAGGACAUUUGCACCAAUUUAGAGACAGCCUACAACAAUCAUCGCAUCUUCAAGCAGAGUCAUCAGCACUUUGUGGAGUGGCUAAAGGAGACCCAGCAUCAUAUUAGGAUUGUGCAGGAUGAUAGGGGUUCAAAGGAUGGUGUCACUGCUCGCCUUGUCAGUCUGGAUAAAAUUCAGGCUGCUUUGGAUCAAGGGCACAGUUUGCUUCGCUCAGUUCUGGACAGCUCAGAGAAAACAUUGCCCAGCACCAGUGCUAAGGGCUGUCAGGUCAUCCGCCAGCAAACAGAGACUGCUAAGAGUGAUUAUGAGAGCAUUCUCACAGAGCUAUCUCAGGUGAAACGCAGCCUGGAGACAGCUAUGUCCCACUGGGAUGAUUUUGAUCGACUUCAUCAACAACUUCUUGGGUGGAUCACUGACGUUGAGGGUCGUCUGCUUAGUGAUCCUGAGUUCAAGGCGGACUUACCAGAAAAGAGAUCAUCACUUGAAAAGUACAAGGCCAUCCAGGCAGAUAUAGCAUGCCACAAAGAGAUGAUUGAAAAACUUGCAGAAAAGGCAGUGCAGGUUAAGGAUGGCAGUCCUAGAUCCUGCGUAGCAGAACUUCAGGCACACUAUGCUAAACUCCAGCAAGUUUGCAAGGAGGUACUUGGCAAGGUGGAGGAUCAAGUGUCAAGUCACGAAGAAUAUCGCAAGGCAUAUAUUGCUUGUCUGGAUUGGCUUGCAAAUGCCAAGCACCGCUUGCAGCGACUGUCCGACUAUUCUGGGGACAAGCGAUCUUUGCAAGACAGACUGCAGCAACUAAGAGAUUUCAAGGUUGAUCUUCACCAGAGGGCAGGAUAUGUUAAGCUGCACAGCUUCCAUAGGGGAGAGAGUUCGUCAGACUACAGCUUCUCGUGGCCAGGAUGUGAUCCAGAGAGAAAUGCAGUCUUUACAGGAUGAUUGGGUUUCAUUCUCUACAGCAGUGGCAGAUGUGGAAAAUAACUUGGAGUCAUGUAUUGCAAACUGGUUGCAGCUUGAUGACGAACAUUCCAAGUUUGUAAGCUGGAUGGAUCGCAUGGAUGCACAGAUCAAAUCUUUCAUGGAACCACGUC